AUGACAAUGACUACAAUACCAGAAAGUCUUAAUAGCCCUGUCACAGGAAAACCCGUUUUCAUGGAAUUUGGGCCACCGAGUCAACAAAUGUCGCCUUCCUCAAUGUCUCACGGACACUAUUCCAUGCACUGUUUACAUUCUGCUGGUCAUACUCAACACGAGAGCUCGUACAGUCCAGCCUCAUCUUUUCCUAGAUCUUUAGGUUAUCCAUACGUUAACUCCGUCGGCAGCCAUUCCUCAAGUCCAUAUCUCAGCACAGUGCAGUCGUACCAAAACAGCUCGGCACUAACACAGACACAGUUAGAAGAUACAGGUAAGCUUUCAACUUCAUCCUUUUUGGCUCUAUAAACUUCUUGGAACCUUUUGGUUUGUGUUUUCGGUCCAGCAAGCAAACGUUGGAUUGGUAAAGCAACCCAGAUGUUGGGGUAUUAAGCUCGGUAAUUAUUUAUUGCGUAAUGCUAUAAACAAUGUACGCAAUUAAGGGUAAUUAUACCUAAACUACAGCCUGUAAAACUUGCACUGUGAUGCACAUUGCUGUGCAGCGACGUUGGCGAGCUGUCUCCUGAGUAAUUUAGCUAUUUUCUCCCCUUCUCAGCACCAGAAACAGAGAAGAACACAGUUGUAGAAGGCGGAGAGGUACGGUUCAAUGGGAAAGGAAAAAAGAUUCGCAAACCAAGGACUAUCUAUUCCAGCAUGCAGCUACAGACUCUAAACAGAAGAUUUCAACAAACUCAAUAUUUGGCACUGCCAGAGAGAGCCGAGCUCGCAGCUUCAAUGGGACUCACGCAAACACAGGCAAGUCAACGUUUGCUACCUUUACUUUUAUUUAAUGCUUGCAUUUUAAUGUACUUUUGACCACGUUAAACAAUUGUAGGCCAAUUGGUUACAUUGGCUAUUUAUUCUCUUUUUGGUUGUGUUAUAGACCACUGUCCUCGUGUUUUGAAUAAAUGUGGGUUUUAUCAAAUGUUUCAUAUUGAUUAUCAUCAAGCUGAUAUUCUAUGAAAAAGUGUACAAAUAUUUCGAGGCUGGGCUUAUGAAUACAUACUUCUGGGUAGCAUUACUUUUUAAUUUAAUUGGCCCAUAAUGGCAAAACCAUGUUCAGCAAGCAUCUCUUCUUGCAAUUAUUUGUUGGUGUGAAUAAAACAAAAACAAAUGUAGAUGACCCUUUGUGGGAAGAAAUCGAGGCUUUUACCAAAACAUUAUUUUGACAUUCCAAAUCAAAAUGGUGCGUUACUGUCCGCUGGUCAAGAGUUUCUUGAAAUUUCCCAACUAGGCAAUCUUAAUGACCUUGAUUGUCUCUCUUUUCAGGUAAAGAUUUGGUUUCAAAAUAAGCGAUCGAAGUUCAAGAAACUGAUGAAGCAAGGUGGUGGAACAAUUGACAACAACGCUUUAGCCCAGUUUAAUGGUCGCGUACCUUCGACUGGCUCUCCGGUAUCACCGGUUUGGAGCUCACCGACCACCGUGAAAACAUCCGUGGUUACACCAGGGUCUUACAUUCCAAGUUACACCUCAUGGUAUCCAACUGCACACCAAGAGUCUAUGCAGCAACCGCAACUC